UUGUACCGUUGGAAACCCUCUACUUUAAAGACCAAUCUCCAUUAACCAUAGCCAUCAUUCAUGUAAUUCCUGCUUCAGAAUUUUCAGGCAUCCAUUUCACAUUAAUUCUUGACAGGAGUUGGGUUUGUCACAAAUUUUGCAAUUUUCUUUUCUGGGUUUCCUCUGCCUUAUUUAUAUACAAAAAUGGAGAAUCUGCAAGAAACGCCAGUAAAAGAGCCAAUGAAAUCUGAAGAUUGCAAAACACCGCCACCUCUUCAAGAUUCUAAAUCUUUAAACUCGAGCAAUGAUUUGCGCAAAAAUUGCACUCCAGAUCCUCUCAAAGUUCCCAAAGCAUUUAAGUACCCAGAGAGGUAUAGAAGCCCAACUGAUCUUAUGGUGUCACCUGUCACAAAAGGGAUUCUUGCAAGAAACAGAAAGGGUGUUGGUGGUUCACUCUUGCCCCCUAGUAUGAAUCAGACUAAGGUUCAAGAGGAGGUGGUAUCUUUCAAGAUUGAGAUGUGAACAUAUUUUUGGUCGAUAAAGCUGCAGAAUCAGAUGGAUUCUUGAACUUGAUGAAUUUGUCUGAAGCAAGUAAUCCUAUAUAUUGUUUGUAUUUGUUACAAUUAUUUAUAUAUAUGGGAUGUACUAAUUCAUAGAUCGGAAUCGAUCCUAUUCUUGUGCUUGUAUUUUCAGCAAUUUUUCAUUAGCACGCUCAAAAUUGUACCAUCCAA